AUGCCUCUCGCGAAACCCUCCAACGCCGCCGCCCCCGUCCUCUCCCACUUCAACCUCACCCACAAAACCGCCGCCGUGACAGGCGGCGCGCGCGGCAUCGGCCUCGAAAUCACCCGCGCCCUCGCAGAAGCCGGCGCCUCCGUCGCCCUCAUCUACACCUCCAGCCCGGACGCCUCCGCCACGGCAAGCCAGAUUUCCGCCGAUACGGGCUCCCUCGUCCGCGCCUACCGCUCCGACGUCCGCGACAAGCAAACCAUCACCGCGACCCUGCACCAGAUCGCCGAGGAUUUCGGCGGCCGCCUGGAUAUCUGCGUCGCGAAUGCCGGGAUUGCCACGCAUCAUGAUGGUCUGGAAUACUCCGUCGAGCAGUGGCGGGAGGUCAUGCGGGUGAAUCUGGACGGGGCGAUGUAUACCGCGCAAGCGGCCGGACAGAUUUUCCAAACUCAGGGGCUCGCGAAUGGUGGUGGUGGGGCGGCGGGCAGUAUGAUUUUCACGGCCAGUGUCUCCGCGCUGCUGGUGAAUGUCCCGCAGCGGCAGAGUGCGUAUAACGCGAGCAAGGCGGCCGUGGUGCAUCUGGCCAAGUGCCUGGCCGUGGAGUGGGUGGAUUUCGCCCGAGGUGAGGUUGUCUUUUUUUUUUUUUUCUUCCCCUUCUUAACCGUAUCUGCAGGAGGCUGCUGAUUGGUUCUCUUGAGUACUGAUUUUUUGGUCAAUCUGUGAAUAGUGAAUUGCAUUUCGCCUGGAUUUAUCGAGACGGAUAGUGAGUUUCUUCCUCUGUCUUUUGGACAUUGUAUAUAUAUAUAUAUAUAUAUAUACACAUCAACCGGCUGACUUUUUUGGCCGCAGUGAUCUCCGCACACCCCCAGGAAUGGCGAGACCACUGGUCCCUGCUAGUCCCGGCGGGACGCAAUGCCGAUCCGAAAGAAUUGAAAGGCGUGAGUCUUACAGCAGUGUGUCUCUGCUUUUUGCUCGAGAGCUUUUCGGCUGACACAUUUUCGUGGGCCCAGGCGUAUGUGUUCCUCGCGAGCGAUGCGUCGUCGUACAUGACAGGUAGGAUGAUGGCAUCAGGAGCUAGGUGUGCGUGUGACUUCUGCUGACAAGGGGGGGGGGGGUUUAGGAGCGAACCUGGUGAUUGACGGCGGGUAUACUUUGCCUUGA